CGCGAGCGCGAGCGUGCGCAGUGGCACUCGGGCCUCGGCUCGCGCUACGCAGCGCUCGCGCAGGAGGGCGUGGGCUGGCGGCGCCGGGUGCGCGCAGGGAGCGCGCGGCCCCGGGCGAGGGAAGGAGGGGCUGGUGACAGUGCGGAGCCUUUGCCAGCGUCCGCGCCCCGGGAGCGGCCGGACGGAAGAGAAGGUUCGCCAGACGCCGGUCGGCUGCCUGACCCUUCGGACUCAACCCCGAGCCGAGCGGCCGCGGCUUCUGGUUGGUUGAGGAGACGCCUGCGGCCACCUCAGGAAGAUGUUUAACGUGGAGUCUGUGGAGCGGGUGGAGCUGUGCGAGAGCCUGCUCACUUGGAUCCAGACCUUUAAUGUGGAUACACCAUGCCAGACGGUGGAAGACUUAACAAAUGGGGUUGUGAUGUCCCAGGUUCUUCAGAAGAUAGAUCCUGCAUAUUUCGAUGAUAAUUGGCUGAACAGAAUCAAGACUGAAGUAGGAGACAACUGGAGGUUAAAGAUUAGCAACUUAAAGAAAAUUUUAAAAGGCAUCUUGGAUUAUAAUCAUGAGAUUUUAGGGCAGCAGAUUAAUGAUUUUACCCUUCCUGAUGUGAACCUUAUUGGGGAGCAUUCGGAUGCAGCAGAGCUCGGGAGGAUGCUCCAGCUCAUUCUAGGCUGUGCUGUGAACUGUGAACAGAAGCAAGAGUACAUUCAAGCCAUUAUGAUGAUGGAGGAGUCUGUUCAGCAUGUCGUCAUGACAGCCAUCCAAGAGCUAAUGAGUAAAGAGUCUCCCGUCUCUGCUGGAAAUGAUGCCUAUGUUGAUCUCGAUCGCCAGUUGAAGAAAACUACAGAAGAACUAAAUGAAGCUUUGUCAGCGAAGGAAGAAAUUGCUCAAAGGUGCCAUGAAUUGGAUAUGCAGGUUGCAGCACUGCAAGAGGAGAAGAGUAGUUUAUUGGCAGAAAAUCAGAUAUUAAUGGAACGACUCAAUCAAUCUGAUUCUAUAGAAGAUCCCAAUAGUCCAGCAGGAAGAAGACAUUUGCAACUUCAGACCCAGUUAGAACAGCUGCAAGAAGAAACAUUCAGACUAGAAGCAGCCAAAGACGAUUAUCGAAUACGCUGUGAGGAGUUAGAAAAGGAAAUCUCUGAGCUUCGGCAACAGAACGAUGAACUAACCACUUUGGCCGAUGAGGCUCAGUCUCUAAAGGAUGAAAUAGAUGUUCUCAGACACUCUUCUGAUAAAGUAUCUAAACUAGAAGGUCAGGUCGAAUCUUAUAAAAAGAAGCUGGAAGACCUUGGAGAUUUGAGACGGCAGGUUAAACUCCUAGAAGAGAAGAAUACGAUGUACAUGCAGAACACUGUCAGCCUGGAGGAGGAACUGAGGAAAGCUAAUGCCGCCCGUGGUCAGCUCGAGACGUACAAGAGACAGGUUGUAGAACUGCAAAAUAGAUUAUCUGACGAAUCAAAGAAAGCAGAUAAGUUAGAUUUUGAAUAUAAGCGGCUAAAGGAAAAAGUUGAUGGUCUUCAGAAAGAAAAGGAUAGGUUACGAACGGAAAGGGAUUCUCUGAAGGAAACCAUUGAAGAGCUGCGUUGUGUGCAGGCUCAGGAGGGGCAGCUCACCACUCAAGGGUUAAUGCCUCUGGGAAGCCAGGAGUCUUCAGACAGCCUUGCAGCAGAGAUUGUCACACCGGAAAUCAGGGAGAAACUUAUUCGUCUUCAGCAUGAGAAUAAGAUGUUAAAAAUCAACCAAGAGGGUUCAGACAAUGAGAAAAUUGCCUUAUUGCAGAGCCUUCUAGAUGAUGCAAAUCUUCGCAAGAAUGAGCUGGAGACAGAGAACAGGCUUGUGAAUCAGAGACUUCUGGAAGUACAGUCACAAGUAGAAGAACUGCAAAAAUCUUUGCAGGAUCAAGGCUCAAAAGCAGAAGAUCAUGGAAGCAGAAAUUCAUUUUAUAUCCAGUCAUAUGGAUAAUUUGAGCUAGCCACAGUAUAUAAAACUUCAGAGAACGAGACAGGAUGAGGAGACCUAGAAGAAAGAGAAAUGUACAGUUCUGAAAAAUGCAUAUCUUUUACUUCUGUUCAUGAAUUACUAAAUGGUUCCUUCUCUUGGCUGCUGUGUUUGCUUCAUACUAAUAUGUCCUCUCUGUCUCUUGGCAUGGUCUCUGCUCAAGGCUAUUGUAAGUAUGGCUUCCUAUUCAUUUCCAUAUACUUAAGAAGUUUUUAAAUUGUAUACUUUAUCUGAUAUUAUAGUCAAUAAUACUGGAAUUUUAGAGUAGGACUCAUGAAAAAUGAACAUGCUAGAAUUACUUCCUUCAUAAAUACUUGCUCUUUACAAGGAGAAUUUUUAUUUAUUUUUUUUUCUUUUCUAUUUUUCGGAGCUGGGGACCGAACCCAGGGCCUUGUGCUUGGUAGGCAAGCGCUCUACCACUGAUCUAAAUCCCCAACUCUGAGAAUUUUUAAAGUAUAUCAAAAUCUUAAUGUAGAAAUGCUCUCCCUAUUAGUUCAUUUAUAUAAUUUAUUUUGACACAAGCUUCCUUUUAUGAUCUCCAGUCACACAUUUUGAUAAUUACAGUCUUCAGUGUGGAAAGGCACUGACCAAAGAAUGCAUGGAAAGGGAGGCUGUGCCUAGGUCUUAGGGUCUCUGCCAUCCUGGACAGAAAUUACUAAAUAUUCUUUGGCUUAGCUUCCUCACUUGUACAGUAGGGCUGAUAUUACUAUUGUGAGGUUUAUGCCAUGUAUAUAGCAGGCUUUGAUUUCUGGCACAUUGGCCUUGUAUUUAGUUAUUUACUAUAUAAAUUGUAAUAAUUCAGAAUAACUUGUUAGGAUCUAAUCAAAACAUAAUAUCAAGAAUUUUUAAUAUUUCCAUUUCAUCCUCUUAGCAAAGAAAGAACAAACUAUAAUUAUUCAAAAAUAAAGAAA